GCUGUGCAAAAAGCACCACUCUUCAUUCAUCCGUUGAUGCCAAUCCUACGCAUUACCGUUAUUCGUCACGUUAUAUUAAGCUUCUUCGUACCAUACGAUAUCGUGACAGCUGCGGAAAAAUGUGGCAAUUUGACGUUCAGUGGAGUUGUUCGAUUCCAACUUACAUUAAGUUACAUCUGGUCAGCUGAACAGGCAGAAUGGGACUCAAAACUGGACAUCGAGAAAUAUGUGUGGACGGAUAAGAAAUUCAUGUGCAAUGUGUGGAACGUCGAAACUAUUGAGUAUUACUACCGUGCAUCACUGACAAAGGCAAAUCGUGAGAGAAAUCAUCGAGUACGAUUUGGUUGGAACGAAUCACUCACAUCGUCCGUCGACUACUGGAAUCAACGUGACGCGUCGUUUGACUGUUUUAUUGGCACCGAAGUGUUAGCAACGAACGAUGAUGAAGCUAUCAAGAGGAUUACGAGUAUUAUGAAACUAGAGGCGAAAUUCGUGGUUCUUGAGCCGGUCGAAAGUAUUGAUGAACCAUCCAUCAGAAAGGCAAGCCACGAAGAAAUAAUUUUUAGAAUGGACGCAUGUGGAUUUAAAAACAUCUCCAUUCUAGACGUGACGGAGGACUCCAAAAGUGCGGAGGUUGCCUUUUUCAGUGACCACAAAUUGGAAAUCGAACCUUUGGACUGCAAGUUCUUGGUGAUCAGAGCCUCAUUCUAA